AUUAUCCUGUGCAGGUGCUCCAGCCACUGGGAACGUGGCACUGGUCACACCUGCGGCCUAUCUGGUAAUCAGAGCAGACCCUAGAUAAGGAGAGGAGAAGAGACCGGAGGGGGGCAGACGUCGGAGAGGAGGUAACCCCCAGGACUCACCGCUCUACUCUACUCUGCUCCUAACAGGACAAGGAAGCGGGCGCCACGUAGGAGGAGACGCCACAUAUUUCAGUUUGGAAGCCGGUUGGAAGAGCCGUAGUUUUUGACCUUUGUUAUUAAAAGGACCCUUUUUGUUUGCAUUUGCUGUCUGAGUUUCUUAUUUUACGCCCGAAUCUGGCCUCACUCCCCCUGGGUUACCACAUUUUGGUGGAGGAUGCAGGCAUGACGGUCUGUCGCUAAAGAUUCAGGCUAAAAUAGGUACUCCGAGAGAGACACGGAGAACCAUGGAGAAUGCGCUGACACAGCUCAUCCAGACCCAAACCCAGCAGGCCCAGAGUCUUCAAGCCUUACAGGACGCCAUCACUACUCUUGGACAGCAUCUGGUAAAGCCAGAGAGGCCUACGGAACCCAGUAAAGUUCUCACCAAGCAGACCGGUGAGGAUGACAUUGAGGCCUACCUAGAGGUUUUUGAAAGGACUGCAGAGAGGGAACGUUGGCCUAGAGCACAAUGGGCAGGAAUUCUAGCCCCUUUUUUAAUUGGCGAAGCUCAAAAAGCCUGCCGGGACCUUUCCCCCGCUGACGUAAACCAGUAUGGGGCAUUGAAAGCUGCGAUUUUGGCCCAUUAUGGACACAACCUGCAGACGAGGGCCCAACAGUUCCACGCCUGGGAGUAUGACGCUACUGCCCCAGUGCGGCCGCAAAUUGCAACGCUGAUGCGAUUGACACGCAGUUGGUUAACCUCGGGGGAGGGGCCUCCAGCGAUUGACAGAGUUGCCAUGGAUCGCUGUAUCAGAGCCUUACCCGGGGGUGCCAAACGACACGCUUCUCAAAGCUGCCCAGAGACAGUAGAUGCCCUAGUGACGCUGUUGGAGAAUCACCAGGUCACGGUACAGUUGAUGCAAAGCAGUAGGCCACCCAGCCAAUCGGACCCCAGGAGAGACAGGCAGAGGCUGAGGAAGAGCGACAUGGAGGCACUGGGCCCAAGCCCGAGGCCCCAAGGGGGUCCGCCCCAGCCAUCCCUCCAGCGCCGCCCCUUUGUGAAUCCGGACCGGCGAAAAUGCUUUGCCUGUGGACAAGAGGGCCAUAUAGCGUGGAAUUGUCCGGGAGAAGACAUUCUGAUGCCUACGGCGGGCUCCUCCGACUCCCCACGGAAGGCCGACAGCUAUCUUACCACGUGCUGGGCUCAUGAGGGCGCAAGGGCCCCAAAGCUGCCGGUCAGAAUAGGGACCCAGGAUGCUGAAGCCCUACUCGACUCCGGCAGUGCGGUCACCCUCCUACGGCCCGGGUUGACCUCUGGCCCCAGGGGACCCCCUAUCCCAGUCUCCUGUGUCCACGGGGAUUCACGAGAGUAUCCCACGACCCACAUUAAGGUCCAGACCACCAGGGGCACAUUUGAGGUUGUUGCGGGCUUAGUGGAAAAUCUGCCGGUACCAGUGCUGAUUGGGCGGGACUGCCCGAUAUUCUGGCGUUUGUGGGCAUGCAGGACUGCUGGCCACCGAAGAAACUGUCCCACCAAGAAACCUGGUAGGGACCAGAAAGUCAAGGUGGCACAUGCCUGUGCAGCCCCAUCUAGCCCAACCACGUCAUCUGCAGAAGGGACAGAGGAGGAGGCCCUGGCCCCAGCGGAGGCCCCGGCCCCAGCGGAGGCCCCGGCCCCAGCGGAGGCCCCGACAAGGAGGGAUCCCCGACUAACUGAAGGGUCUUCGAACGAGGCUUUUUCGGAGUUCCCACUGGCAGAAGAGGCAUCUUCCACCAGGCCCGGGCAGUUUGGGACGGCCCAGUGGGAGGACCCUAACCUGGAACAAGCGCGACAGAACCUGGCUGUGGUCGAGGGAGAACCGGUGGCGGGGGUAAGUGCUAGCACCUUUCCACACUUUUCAAUCAAGAAUGGCCUCUUGUAUAGGGUGGCAAAGCUGGAGGAACGGGUGGUGGAACAGUUGCUAGUCCCCAAGCGCUAUAUUAACAAAGUGUUGUACCUAGCCCACUCCCACCUGUUGGGAGCUCAUUUGGGGGUGGAGAAAACCUACGACCGAGUCCGGGAGCGCUUCUACUGGCCGGGGGUGAAGAAGGCGGUCCAGGAUUAUUGCCAAAUCUGCCCACAAUGCCAGAAGACGGCGCCGAAGGUAAACUACCAGAAUCCACUAAUACCACUACCAAUAAUCGACAUCCCAUUCCAGAGGGUGGCCAUGGAUAUAGUAGGCCCCUUGCCGAAGUCCAGUAGGGGGCACCGGUUUAUCCUGGUUAUCAUGGAUUAUGCCACCCGGGACCCAGAGGCGGUCCCGUUACGCACCGCAGGUGCUAAAGCGGUGGCGAGAGAAUUAUUCCUUCUCUUUAGUAGAGUUGGGAUUGCAAAGGAAGUCCUUACUGACCAGGGAACCUGUUUCAUGUCUCGGGUGAUGAAGGAGAUGUGUAAACUGCUGAAGGUGAGCCAAAUACGAACCUCUGUCUACCACCCACAGACGGACGGCCUGGUAGAACGUUUCAAUAAAACCUUAAAACAAAUGCUAAGGAAGGCUAUUGACGUGGAGGGGAAAAACUGGGACCAACUAAUCCCCUUUGUCUUGUUCUCAAUCCGCGAAGUGCCCCAGGCGUCCACAGGGUUCUCACCAUUUGAGCUGCUGUAUGGACGGAGACCCAGGGGCAUGCUGGACCUGGCCAAAGAAGCAUGGGAGCAACAGCCAUCAGCCCAUCGCUCCGCCAUAGAGUAUGUCGACCAGAUGCAGGACAGGAUGGCUAAGGUAUGGCCCCUGGUGCGGGAGCAUAUGCAACAAGCCCAACACGCCCAAGCCAGAAUCUAUAACCGUAGAGCUCAGCUACGGGAGUUCCAGCCGGGAGAGUUUGUCUUGGUCCUGAUUCCAACGGUGGAAUGCAAAUUCCUGGCAAAGUGGCAUGGACCCUAUGAGGUGAUCGAAAGGGUGGGGGAGGUGAAUUAUAAGGUAAGACAACCGGGAAGGAGGAAAAUCUGCCAAAUAUAUCACAUUAAUCUGUUGAAGAGAUGGCACGCCCCUGACAGUGUUCCGAUGGCCGCACUAACCACCGAAACCCAAGAUCGUGUCCCCUCACAGGUACCUCUGGGCCCCCAUCUGAGUCCGACCCACCGGCAAGACAUGGUGGAACUAACUGGGCAGUUCAAAGAUGUUUUUUCAGACAUGCCGGGAAGGACCACGGUGAUUAACCACGACAUCAUCACCGAACCUGGGAAAAAGGUGAGGCUCCGACCCUACCGCAUACCAGAGGCAAAAAGGGAGACCAUCAAAGAAGAGGUUCCCCUCACAGAAACCGCCAAAGAGAAGACAGCGUUUGCUACCCCAGAAGGCCUGUACCACUAUAGAGUCCUGCCCUUCGGAGUCCACGGAGCGCCAGCUACGUUCCAAAGAAUGAUGGACCAGGUGCUCCGACCUCAUCGGGAGUAUGCAGCGGCCUACCUAGAUGAUGUGGUCAUACACAGCCCCGACUGGACCACCCAUGUAGGCCACCUGAAAGCUGUCCUGGGAAGCCUACGGAGAGCUGGCCUGACCGCCAACCCAAAAAAGUGCCACCUUGGCCUGGAGGAGGCGGAAUACCUCGGCUACACCAUUGGGAGAGGCAGUGUGAGACCCCAAUCCCGGAAAGUGGAGGCCAUUGCCACCUGGCCUAAGCCAGCCACGAAGCGGCAAGUAAAAACGUUCCUCGGCCUGGUCGGCUAUUAUCAGUGCUUUAUACCCCACUUUGCUACUAUUGCAGCCCCUUUACACGAGAUGACGAAAAACAGCCACCCACACCAGGUCCUCUGGAGCACCGAAGCUGAGGCAGCCUUUACAACCCUUCGGAGGGCCCUGUGCACCGAGCCAAUUUUAAGCACCCCUAAUUUUGAGGACACGUUCAUCGUCCAUACAGAUGCCUCUGGAUCAGGGCUUGGAGCCGUGCUGUCCCAGGUCAGAGGAGGAGAAGAACACCCAGUGACCUAUAUCAGCCGUAAGUUGCUAAAGCAUGAGAUCAAUUAUUCAACGUUGGAGAAAGAAUGUUUGGCAAUAAAAUGGGCCCUGACAAAGCUGCGGUAUUACCUCCUGGGCAGAAAAUUCACCCUGGUAACGGAUCACGCACCACUGAGAUGGAUGUCUACAGCCAAAGACACUAAUGCACGAGUUACACGGUGGUUCCUCGAACUGCAAAACUUUAAUUUUUCUGUUGAGCACAGGUCGGGAAAAGCACAUGGAAACGCAGACGCCUUGUCCAGGAGGGAAGAAUGCUAUCUCGUUGACGCUCCUAGCCCCAACCUGGAGCUGGUGGAGGGGGUGUGUGGCAAACCAGGGGGAGGAACAAAGCACUUGGGGCGGAGCCCCAAGCUCCGGUUGGGGGAGGUGAUAAGGGGGAUUUAUUAUCCUGUGCAGGUGCUCCAGCCACUGGGAACGUGGCACUGGUCACACCUGCGGCCUAUCUGGUAAUCAGAGCAGACCCUAGAUAAGGAGAGGAGAAGAGACCGGAGGGGGGCAGACGUCGGAGAGGAGGUAACCCCCAGGACUCACCGCUCUACUCUACUCUACUCUGCUC